CUGCAAAGGUUUUUUCUCGCUCAUUCGAGCAAGAAUCCAAGAGACAGGGCAGCCCCUCCAUCCCACCCCCAAUAUGCAGCUGUGAAAAAGAAGCCCGAAGCUCCCCCUCCCUCACACAUGAGGCUACAAGCCAUUUCAAUCUUUUUUCCUCCCUGAGAUACCCAAUCACGCGGUUGUAGGCAAAAACAAACUCUUGAUUGAGAUUUGCAGCAGACUCCCCAAGUCGUCGUCCUCACCAGGCUGGAAUAAACCCCAGCUCCCAAAGACAAACUGUCUUCCCUACUCAUACCCAACUCCUUCACUUCUUUCACCCGCCUCCUUCGUCCUUCCGCAGCUAGCUCUGCGUUUGCUGCCCUCUCAGUAGUGCCUAGAAGCACCGCUCAGACAGCAACCUCCCCACUCUACUGCUUCAUCACAUCCCGUGGUUACAGCAACAAGAAGAAGUCCAAGAUGGCCCCCAAGAAGCAGGUUGUCGAGGAGAAGAUCCCCCUGGGUCGUCCCGGCAACAACUUGAAGAGCGGCAUCGUCGGUCUUGCCAACGUCGGAAAGUCGACUUUGUUCCAAGCCAUCACCAAGUGUUCUCUUGGUAACCCUGCCAACUUCCCCUACGCUACCAUUGAUCCCGAAGAGUCCCGCGUCAUCGUCCCCGACGAGAGAUACGACUGGCUCUGUGAGAAGUACAACCCCAAGUCGCGCGUGCCCGCCAACUUGACUGUCUACGAUAUCGCCGGUCUCACAAAGGGUGCAUCCACUGGUGCGGGCCUGGGCAACGCCUUCUUGUCACACAUUCGAGCUGUCGAUGCCAUCUUUCAGGUUGUGCGAUGCUUCGAUGACGCCGAGAUCAUCCACGUCGAGGGUGAUGUCAACCCCGUCAGAGAUCUGGAUAUCAUUGCAGAGGAGCUGCGCUUGAAGGAUAUCGAGUUCGUCGAGAAGGCCCUCGAGAACCAGAAGAAGAAGACCCGCCAGGGUGGUCAGUCUCUUGAGCAGAAGAAGCUCAGGGAAGAGCAGGACACCAUCGAGAAGAUCCUCGCGUGGCUCCAAGACGGCAAGGAUGUCCGAAAGGGCACCUGGUCGCCCAAGGAGGUCGAGGUCAUCAACCCUCUCUUCCUCCUGUCUGCCAAGCCUGUAGUCUACCUCGUCAACCUCUCAGAGAAAGACUACAUCCGCAAGAAGAACAAGCAUCUUCCUGCCAUUGCUGCCUGGUUGAAGGAGCACGCCGCUGGCGACCCCAUUCUUCCCCUCUCUGUGUGCUUCGAGGAGCGUCUCACCCAGUUCGAGACCGAGGCCGAGGCCGCUGAGGAGUGCAAGAAGCUUGGUGUCGACUCGGCACUGGGCAAGAUCGUCACCACCAUGCGCAAGGCCAUGGGUCUCGGCAGUUUCUUCACAACUGGUACCGACGAGGUUCGCCAAUGGACCAUUCGUCUUGGUAUCAAGGCACCUCAAGCCGCCGGUGUCAUUCACGGUGAUUUCGAGAAGACUUUCAUCCAAGUCAUCGUGUACAACUUCAACGUGUUGAAGGAGCUCGGCGACGAAAGUGAAGUUAAGUCGAAGGGUAAGAUCAUGACUAAGGGUAAGGACUACGUUGUUGAGGAUGGUGAUAUCCUCCUCAUCAAGGCUGGUGCUGCCAAGGGUUAGACAAGCUAGAUAAAAUCCUGAAUAGACCCCAUCAAACUGUG